AGUAAUGUUUUGUAAUUUGCUUUCCAUAUCAAAUUAAUAGAUUAUUUAGGUACAAAAUUAUAACUAAGAUAGGUCUUACCAUAUUUUGGUUUUUGUGGUAUUUCAUUUAUGUAAAGGAAAGUUUGUAUAUUUACAUUCGCGCUUGUAGGAUAACUAACGGUUUGAUUCGGUAAUUUAGUUCAAAUGUGUAUAAGACUAUCCUCAUUCUCGUUGUAUUCGGAAACCCGUGGAUAGUCAUUCCCCACAUCAUUAAAUCAAAAUUAAAAUCAAAAGUAGUGUAAAACACAUAUGAUUUUAGAGUUGAGAUAAACCCAUAACAAGUCUUUUCCUAACAACUUAAGUUAUUGGGAUUUGAGAUCAAAUGGCUUGUUCGUUAAUAUGGUAUCAGAGCCCUUAACCGAAAGUUUAUUGUUCUGAGCCCUCAUGACGACCCCUAAUUUAAAUUUGUUGGGAAACUGAAAGUCUAGUGGUUUAGUUGAAAACUAUAAAAACCCACAAGUCGACUUUUGCCAACUUAAGUUAUUGUGAUCAAGUGGUUUGUUCGUUAACACAAACAUUGAAUGAACAUUACAUAUCAUAAACUAAUCAUAAAGACUAUGAAAAACACAACACAAGGAAAAAAUUGUUAGGUGAAAGCAAGGAUCAAAGAGGUGGCACGUAUGACUUAUGGGGUUGAAAAUUCAAAAUCAAGAAGUUUAUAGUUGUUUAUGGAAAGACGAACAAUGGAUCAAAUUUGGGACAACAUUUCUUCUUUCUUUCAACAUCAAAGGUGUUGAAUCAGAGAUGCAAACAAAUCUUGUUUUCUCAUCAUCACCAUACCAAACAAGCAAAUCUGGUAGUUUUCGACAAAGUCUGGAUCUCACUUUAAAUCGCUCCUGACUGCCAUUGCUGCGGCUAUAAAUCGUCCCUGUCAAAAGCUACGAAUCAAAAGCAACACUUACGUUGCAGAUUAUGGACAUUUGACAGAGGCCAGCAAUUAGCCAUUUGUGCAUGUGCAGACAAAAACGUGUUCACGUCGAGUCAUCGAUAGAGAUGGAUACAAAAAGGUGGCGAGUAUGUGUUUGGUUAUGAGAUAUGGUUGGUAGCUAGUCAAGCUUUGGAGAGGUUGGUACUCUGUGAGUAUUAUCCGAUCUGAUUUGUGUUUAGCGUAAGUGGUAUAAGUAUUGAAAUAUCUGUUCCGUUUUAUUGUCAUCAUUACCACAAUAUCUUCUGUGGAGUCGUCUUGCUCGUAAUAUGCAAAAGUUGUUCAUUGUCUGGGUAAAUAAAGUUACUGACCAAAUAUCCAAAGAUAUCAAGGCUCUUUGAGCAUUUAGAUUUCACUUUAUUAAUGAUGUAUCAAAUCUUUCAUUACUCCAACAAUUAAUUGUGUAAAUUGAUACUUUUUUGGGGCUUUGAUACAAUUAAUAGUUUCUAAUUUAUAUCUCAAUAUCUAACGAAAAUUAGACAAUAUAGUAAACAAUAGUAGCGGUUAGGAAAUACUGGAUGUUUAUCGCCUUUAAUAGUCGAUGAGCAGUAUACGAUGUGGUUAUGAAAUACGGUGACUAUUCAAUAACAUAAACAAGAAACAAAUUUUUGUCAUGUGGAAGUGAGAUGCGGAUUUAUUCGGGUGAUCCACAACGAAUCCACCACCUACUCAAACAAGUGGGAAUAUGAGAUUCACCGAUGAAGGACCCACUACGGCUCAAAUUAUUUUCAAAUGGACGUCAAACCAUGAAUUAACUACUCUCUUUCCAUCCUAAUUAUCAAAAAAAUUAUUGGUUAAUACCUAAUUAUCAGUUUAGUUCAAACAAAAUAGUUCAUAAUUAGAGUACAUCUCGGCUCAUGUUUCUCAUGUAGGUUUGGGCCCGAGUAGUUAUCGGCUCCAUCUACACAAUAAAUAAAAGUCGAAUGAGAAAAUUUGAGGCCACAUUUCAAAUAUUUUGCAUACAGAGUGAAAGUAAGAAGGGUAGAUUCCUCUUCAUAAUCACUUAUUAUUUUCUUAUUUACAAGAAAAAUAACAUCAAUAAUGAGAUUUGAACUGUGGUAUGUUCGAACAAAAAUAAGAAACAUAACCAGUUACAAUAAACACAUUUGUGUGAUCUUUUUCAAUUAAAAACAUUCAGGAAGCUUAAAUCUGGAAAAAUAUAGGAGUUUUCCACCACGCUUAGCAAUGUCAUUGAUUCAAAUAUUGCAUGUCGAAUUGCACUCUUGAAUGUGUAGAAGAGAUGUAUAAUUCUUAACAUAGACUUAAUUGUUAUAACUAUCAUAAAGUAACGAUAUUUUUAAACACUGGACUUUUGAGUGAAUAUGGGGCACAUGUGUCUUUAAGAGGGGUAAAUAUGGAAAGGUUGAGCGAUGUUGGUUUGCCGAACGCGUAAGGAAAAGACACUACUAAUGUGAACGGGCCCAAAUAGUGCCCCAACCCACUAAACGCUCAACCAUCACCGUCUCUCCAAACUUCUCAUCAGACUCAACAACCGGCUAACCUCCUCUACCUCUAUUAUUAAGCCAAAGGAAUUCUUGGAGGGGUAAAUAUGGAUAGAUUGAGUGUUGUUGGUUUGCCCAACGCAAAUGGAAAAUGUGCUACUAAUGUAAACGAGCUCAGAUAGUGUCCCACCCACUAAACACUCAACCACCGGGUUACUUUCGCUACACCUAAUAUAAGAGUGAAAUAGGAAAGGUGCUUCCCCCAUUACAAAAUCCUUGCAUCCAUAGCAAAAGUAGGAAUGGUAGAUUCGUCUUCACAGUCAUUUAUUAUUUUCUUAUUUGCAGGAAAAAUACAUAAGUGAUGGGAUUUGAUUUGUGAACUUUUUGAGAAAAGAAAAGAAACAUAACCAGUUAGACUAAAAAAAUUUGUUUAAACCUUUUAAAUUAAAAACAUACAGGAAGUUUAAAUCUGAAAAAUCAUUGGAAUUUUCCAUCACAGUUAGCUAAGCCACUAACUCUCCCCCUAAAUAUUUUUUUGGUAUUUGAUACUUCUAUUUUCAUACUUUGAUUAUUCUAAUUCGAGUUUAAUAAUUAAUUCUAUUUCUAUUUAUCUUAUAAAAGGAGAAUAAUUUUAAAAUCACAAGCCUAAUGUCAUUGGUGCAAAUAUUGCAGAUCGAAUUGCAGUAUUGAAUGUGUAGAAGCGAUGCAAAUUCUUGACAGACUUAAAUAAUAUAACUAACAUAAAGAAACAAUAUUUUUGAACAUAGAAGUUUUGAGUGAAUAUGUGUAACAUGUGUCUUUAAAAGAGGGGUAAAUAUGGAAAUGUUGAGUGAUGUUGAUUUGUUGAAUGCUAAUUGAAAAGCCGCAACUAAUGUAAAUAGGUCUAAAUGGUGUCCCGACCUACGUACUAAACGCUCAACCAUCGUCGUAUCUCCAAACCUUCCCACUAGACUCGACAAUCGCCUAACCUCCUCCACCUAUAUUGUUACACAAAGCAAUUUUCGGAGGGUUAAAUAUGGAAAGAUUGAAUGUUCUUGCUUGGAGACCUGACUGGUGGGUUAUUUAGUUUAUUUGACACUAAUGUGUGAUCUCUGAACAUCAGUUCAUUUGGUUGAUCUUCUAGGUUGACUUUUGAGUUUAUUAAAGAUAAACCGUGUUCCGGGCUCCCGUCCUACUAAAGGCUCAACCAUCACCGUCUCUCCAAACCUUCCCAUCGAACUCGACAACCGCCUAACCUCCUCCACCUAUAUUGUUACGCAAAGCAAUUUUUGGAGGAGUAAAUAUGUAAAGGUUGAGUGUUCUUGCUUGGAGAGAUGACCGAUGGGUUAUUUAGUUUCUUUGAUAGUAAUGUAUGAUCUCUUAACAUCAGUUCAUUUGGUUGAUCUUCUAGGUUGACUUUUGAGUUGAUUAAAGAUAAAUAACUAUACUUUUUGUUGCUUUUGUUAUAAUACUCCUUUUCAGUAUCAUCAUUUUUCUUAUUUGAAAUGUUUGGGUGGUUAGUUUCCAGUAAAUAAAGACUAUUUUGAUAGUGUUAAAAUAGGGAAUAGCUUCAAUCAUACCACUUUUACAUAAAACUUAUAUGCAAGACCUGAGAUCAUUGCCGAAUUGAACUAUUCAAGCUAUAAUGCUGAUCUUUAACAUAUAAAACAAAGUUUAUUUUGAGUGAAACAGCCUCAUGGUUGCAUAUAAGUUUUUAUAAUAUGAUGUUUUGUGAUAGUCGUCACUUGCUUCCAGAUUUAAAAGUGGGGUUUUAAUUACUACAAUCUACACAUAAUAAUAGCAGGAAGGAAAAAACUCUUCUCCCAUUUCAAAUUUCCUGCUCUCGAAGCGUUUGUAGGAGGGUAUAUUAGGGAGUGUCAAUAUUUUUCUCUUUCAUUGUGGAACGGGCCAACUUACCGUACGCGUGCGGACUUGAACGGGCCCAGGGAUUGUUGCUGCCCACAAAAAAAAGAACAGGUUUCAGCCACGGUCGCAUCUGUUUCGUGCCUCCAUAGCGAUCACCAUAACCGAGUCUUGGAUUGUUCCGAUGCUAGAUCUAGACUCCACCCACGACGGGAAUAAAUGAAAUAAUUAGAGAAAGUGAGCUUCAUAAUUGUUUACAAAAUAAUUUCUGCAAUCCUUUUUUCGUGUGCUAAUAGCAUAAUCCCUUCCCUAUGAAAAGAAAUCCAAGCAUACUAAAAUGAUCCAGUCAUGCAAAUGAAGAAGGGUGGUAAAUUGCAUGCAAGUAAAAUUUAAAGAUUGAGGCAUCUAAUCAAAUCGUAACCAACCACCCCUUUUUCCAUCAUACUAAAAGAAAUCCAAGCAUACUAAAAUGAUCCAGUCAUGCAAAUGAAGAAAAGUGGUAAAUUGCAUGCAAGUAAAAUUUAAAGAUUGAGGCAUCUAAUCAAAUCGUAAUCAACCACCCCUUUUUCCAUCAUUCGCAAGUUCUAACAGAUAAGUGACAAAGAAAUCCACAAUAUCGCUUCGCUGUAACAAUACAGUACUAUUGAAGAUUGGUGGCUUUCUCUUCUUCUUUUGCUAAACUAGCGUCGAAGAUAUACAAAGAGGAGUUUAAACAAGUGAUAAGAGAAGGAAAGAUUAAGAAAUGAAAAACAGAGACCGAGAGGGGGAGUUGAAAUUGAGGUUCGUGGGGAGGAUGACAUGUAGGGAAAAGGUUUGCAGAGCUAAAAUUAACGGCAGGAAAACAGGGAUGGGGAGAAGUGGCUACCGACGGUGAUAUAAUUGAGAUCGAGAGAGAAAAGUGAACCAUAAGCCGGUGAGCACUAAGCAGCUUUUUUUAGGGGAUAUAGGGUUUUCUUUAAGCCAUUUUAUUUCUUGGGGUUGGUAAGAUAUAUAUGAAAUGGCAAAAACAAUACUCCUUUUUUAUUGCUAAAAGGAAAAAAAAUUUAACAAUAAACUAAUGCAUGGAUUCUAAUGGGUUAACCGUUAACCAUAGAAUAAAAGAGCUGAAUGGGCUUGACCCAUACGGGAUUUGACCAUCAAGUAAAACAAAUGAACAUCAUGGGUUUGCCAUCUUAAAACAUGCUAUUUUCUCUAGCAUAACAUAUAUUAUGCUAUUAUUUUAUAUCUUAGUGGUUAAAAUAUAAUGUAUUUUAAAGUUAUUAAAUGGUUCGAUCUCGACUAACUAAAUUAGUCCAAUUUUUAUAAUUUCAAAUAUAUACUAAUGAUUAAAUUAUAGUGUAUUUUAUAGGAAAUUUUUUAUUCUGUUUUCUGUAAUUCGGUUUCUAUCAAACUUACUCCACCUCAUCAUAUUACCAGAAAUAAUACUGUUUCACAAGGUAACAGGUACUCGAACUUGGUUCAUAAAGCUGAUUUUUGAUUCGUUGCAUCAUCCAUGCCUCUUUGCUGCUAAAUUCACUAUUUUUAUCACAUGUUUUAAAAAAAACUAUACAAUAAUAAGGUAUACACUCCAUUACAUUCUAAAAUUUCAUAACUUCCGGCCAACUGACCCUUGCCCACGCUAGUUCUUUUAGGUAAAAACUUUACGUCUUCAUCCUCUUGCUUGUGGUAAAUUGUUGGGUGGGCUAACUAGUAUUUGUGGCUAUUCGGUCAAUAUUCCAUGUAAGGCCCGAACCAUCUCAUCUUGUCCGGCCCAUAUUGUUAAAAUGAGUACCAAUCUUCUCUGUCCUAGGCCGCCAGCCCUCUACUCUAUUUUUCUUAAUCGAUUUCCCUUUCUUAAUUCACAAGCAACAUUAAGUUAACUUGAACAUUAAUUAAUGCAAAUCUAGAGCACCGUUAAUAAUAAAAUAGUUCGAAUAUCCCAAACUAGUAAAAAAUAGUAAAGGAAGCUUCAAAUUAUACGCAAAUCUCUUCUAGAUCAUGUCUCAUCGCCUUGAGUACUUGACAUUCAUCUACAUUCCUCGACAUUUUUCGAACUAGCAGAAACUAAUUUGCUAGGAUAUAUUCGAUGGAUAACGUACUCACGGAAAUUUGCUCGAGGGUUGUAGUCAUGCUUAGGCACUUAGAUAUCUAUCUUGGAGUAGGAUUUUGGGAUCAAACUUUAUUUUCUAAAAUCGCAUAAAUACCUCAUAUUUUAUUUAAUAUUUUAUUCAAUAGCUCCAAAUGAAGCAGUUCAAAAUGCCUCGACAAGAUCGUUGCAUCUCUAAUCUGUGUUGCCGGACGAGGCGAUUUUGUUAUGACGAGACAAUUCAGUCCUACUUCAUUUUGCGUCAAUUCGAAUUGACAGUAAGAGGAGCUAUUUCGAAACGAUGCAUCGACAUUAAACCGCACCACCAACAUGUAAUGAUGCAUAGAGCAACAACCACAAAAAAAAAAAAAAACAACUUUAAGGUGGUUGAUCAAUCAUAAGUGAAUCAUGUUUUUGUUUUAUUCUCACAAUCACAAUGGCUCUUUCUGGGUAUUUUCCUGAUCAGUCGUUAGUUACCACAUAAUUGUCUCCCUCCCUGGCUUCCUUCUUCAACACUUCAAAACCCUAAUAAAAUCCCAAGAACUAACAACCAACCGGCCACCCAACCCACUUAUCUUCUUUUUACCGCCCGCCAUUGGCGCUUGCACUUAAAGAAAAGAAAAGGGAUUCUCGCAAUGAUUCAAGUUUUGGAAAGGAAAUCACAUCUACUCUCUGCUUGCUGUUGGCGGGUGGUGGCUGGGUUGCUCCCAUUUCCCAGCUCAUAUACUUAAUACGUACUUCUUCCCUUCUCACAUUUCUCACUUGUUCUUCCCUGUAACAUCAUUUGUACAACCAGAAGAACACAUAUGCUCUGGCUCACCAGGAUCGAAUCAUAACGAGAAUUCGAUCAGAUUUGACUGUACACAGCACGAAUAAUGAGUACUGCGAGGUUCAUCAAGUGCGUGACAGUUGGGGACGGAGCUGUGGGGAAGACUUGUAUGCUCAUCUCCUACACCAGCAAUACCUUCCCCACGGAUUAUGUCCCUACGGUGUUCGACAAUUUCAGUGCCAAUGUGGUGGUGGAUGGCAGUACUGUCAAUCUUGGCUUAUGGGACACUGCUGGGCAGGAGGAUUACAACAGGUUGAGGCCACUGAGCUACAGAGGAGCUGAUGUGUUUCUGCUGGCUUUCUCCCUCACCAGCAGAGCAAGCUACGAGAACAUACACAAAAAGUGGAUUCCUGAGCUGAGACAUUAUGCCCCAAAUGUGCCCAUUUUGCUAGUGGGAACCAAACUUGAUCAAAGAGAAGACGAACAGUUCUUCAUUGAUCACCCUGGAGCAGCUCCCAUCACAACAGCACAGGGAGAAGAACUGAAGAAAAUGGUUGGUGCUGUGGCUUACAUCGAGUGCAGCUCCAAAACUCAGCAGAAUGUGAAGACGGUGUUUGAUACCGCGAUAAAGAUAGUAUUGCGACCACAAAAGCCGAAGAGGAAGCCUCGCAAGCAAAGGACAUGCAACUUCCUUUAGCCUCCUCAUCACAAGCUCUCCAUACAUAUUCAAAAUUAUCAUAAGCAAACCAUAUAUAUAUAUACUCAAAUCGUCAUAUAUUAUACAUGAGAUAAAAAUAGUAUGUUGUAUAUUCAUCGAUCCUUUUAAGUCUUAAUGUCUGUUUCUUUUUUCUAUAUAAGAUGCAUAAAUUGGUAUAUGUACAUUCGGUUCAAAAUUUUGUUUUUCAGUUCAAUACUUGUUUCCCCCAAUGGGUAAUCCACUUGUCCUAGCAACCGUUUGGAAGUGGACGUAACCUUCUAUUUUACCAAGCUACAAAAUACAAACCUGCAUCUAGUAGUGAUGGCAAUGGGGCGGGGCGGGGCGGGGCGGUACCUCAAUUCCCAUGCCCCGCCCUACGCUAUUACGGGUCGGGGCGGGUAAAACCCGUGCGAGUACGGGGCAGGGUGAGUCGACCCACUCUUACAUGUUGUUCAAAAAAAAUACAAGUAAAUUUUACUUUUUACAAUAAAAUGCAGGGAAAGAUCUGACUCUAACUAGUUGAAGAAAAGUAAAAAAUAGGAGAAAUAUGUAUAGAUAUUGUAAGAAAUUGAUAAUAGAAUAGAUAAUUGAGC